CUUUCGUCACGCACCUACCAUUUUUUUUCCCUCUCUCUCUCUCUCUCUCUCUCUCUCCUUCUUGAAGGGAAGGCUUUUGUAGAAAGUAUUCAGGGCAUGGACGGCCUCGAGGAGAAAGUUUCUGAGUUUUUUGGCGAAGAUGGUAACGACUCAAACAAAACUUUGGAAGACCAACAUGAUGGAUAUGGAUUCGAUGGCAAUGACUCCCAUGAUGACCCAGUUGAGAGAAACUUGUACUGGGAAACACAAGAGGUUUUGCUCCAGGAGAUUUUGGAGAACUAUAGUUUAACAGCAUCUAGGUUGAGACAAGAGCUUAGCCGAAUCAUAGAGCUUGCCAAAGAGUCGGACUAUUGCAAGUGCUCAAAGCCAAGCUCCGAUGGUUGCAUCCACUGCCUUAGACGUGGAGUUGUCACUUUGCUUUGUGAAAAAGGGUUCAGGGCCACUCUCUGUACCUCAAGAUGGAGACACACCAAAAAGUUUCCAGGAGGUUCACAUGAGUAUAUAGAAGUGAUAGCAAGCACAGCCUCUCGAAAGAAGCAAAUAGCAUUCCUGAUUGAGUUGGAGUUCCGUGACCAAUUCAAGAUUGCAAAAGCAUGUGAUGAGUACCACAAACUUACAAGCCAGUUACCAGAAUAUUUCAUAGGGAAACCUGACUACCUCAAUGCCAUUGUUCGAGUUCUGUGUGAUGCAGCCAAGAAGUCGAUGAAGGAAAAGAAAAUCCAUAUGGGUCCUUGGAGAAAGAGAAGCUUCAUGCAAAUGAAAUGGUCAGGUUCAAGUGAGAGGUCGUCUAGUCCUGAUGAUGAAUUCAUAAACAAACUUCCAACCUUGUCGUUUAGGCAAGCCAGUGAAUCAUGCUUACAUGUUAAUGCUUCUCCUGCUGUAGUAGUCACCUAAGGUUUUUGCUGGACCUCAACACGUUUUUGCCUUCCACAAUUUUGAUACUCUACUUAGGUUGGUACCAUAUAUAUGUUAGUAGUAUUAUUGUCUGUGCGUGCCAUAUAUUGGUGAAUGAGUUUUGUUACAAAAUUUACUGCGGCUGAUGAGGCUCAAGCUAGGAAGACCCCAGUGCGAAGCUGAUUCUCUUUUGAAGCACUAAUAUUGUAACUUGUGUGUCAUUUGAGUAUCAAUUCUAGUGUCAUAGCUCAUAAUACAAGAGCUUGCAGUGUGUUAGUAUAUGUACAAUCUGCCUAUCGAAGGCAGUUAAUUCCUAUCUUUUAUAUAUAUACACAUAAUUCCAAUCUUUCCCA